UGCCCUGACAUCACUAGCCGGCUUGUCGCUGUUCCAUUUGUGUGAGCAGCAGGUGAAGCAGCAGGAGCAUCUUGAUCCAGUGCUGACAGCCUCCAGCUGUAGUAGCCCAGCUCAGCAGCCUCCAGCUGUAGUAGCCCAGCUCAGCAGCCUCCAUACAGCCCAGCUUGCACGAUUCCCAGCACACUGUAAAGAUGGGGUUUUCCUGCUGGAGUGGAUGCCUAGUGAUCAGCCUGCAGUUGCUGCUGGGGACAGCGCUGAACAGUCAACCCACUUGCAAUGAGGAUGAUUACCACUUUGAGUACACAGAAUGUGACAGCACUGGAUCGAGGUGGAGGGUUGCUGUACCCAAUCCCGACACAGCCUGUUCUGGAUUGCCGGAUCCAGUAAAAGGAAAAGAAUGCACCUUUUCUUGUGCUGCGGGAGAGUUCCUAGAAAUAAGUAGCCAGCUUUGCAGUAAGUGUGAACCUGGUACCUAUUCCUUAGGAACUGGAAUCAAGUUUGAUGAAUGGGAUAAAAUGCCUCAAGGAUUUUCCAAUGUGGCGACUUACAUGGAGAACACUGCUGAAUUUUCAGAUAACAAACCAGACAGCUGCGUCAACUCAUCCUGGAUUCCUCGGGGAAACUACAUCGAGUCCAACAGUGAUGACUGCACGGUUUCUCUAAUUUAUGCUGUGCAUCUGAAGAAAGCUGGUUCUGUCUCAUUUGAAUAUCAGUAUCUUGAUAACAAUAUCUUCUUUGAAUUUUUUAUUCAAAAUGAUCAGUGUCAAGAAAUGAGUUCUUCAUCUGACAAGUGGGUUAAACUAUCAGACAAUAGUGACUGGAUGCAUCAUAUGGUCCCUCUAAAGUCAGGCACAAACAUAUUAUAUUGGAGAACCACAGGUAUCCUUAUGGGUACAAAAGUGGUAAAGCCAGUAUUGAUAAAGAACAUCACUAUUGAAGGGGUUGCAUAUACAUCUGAGUGUUUUCCCUGCAAGCCUGGAACAUACAGUGAUGAAGCUGGAUCUUCUUCUUGUAAGAUUUGCCCCAGAAACACAUAUUCAGACAGACAAGCGAAAGCAUGCAUAAAAUGUUUUGAGGAAAAAGAAUAUUCCGAGGAAGGAGCAAGCAAAUGCAAUGAGCGCCCUCCGUGCACAAACAAAGAUCUGUUUCAGAUUCACACACCAUGUGACAGUGAACGCAAGACUCAAAUAAUAUAUAAAUGGAUAGAGCCAAAGAUUUGUAGAGAAGAGCUUCCCAACUCAAUCAAGCUUCCUGCUUCUGGGAAUAAAGAAGACUGCCCCCCUUGCAACCCUGGAUAUUUUAGCAAUGGGACAUCAGCUUGUUCUCCAUGCCCCAUUGGAGCCUAUUCUGAUGGAUCAAGUGAAUGUAAGACAUGUCCUGCAGGAACAGAGCCUGUUUUUGGAUUUAUAUAUAAGUGGUGGAACAUCCUUCCAGGCAACAUGAAGACAUCUUGCUUCAAUGUUGGAAAUUCCAAGUGUGAUGGAAUGAAUGGUUGGGAAGUAGCAGGAGAUCACAUCCAAAGUGGCGUCGGGGGAACAGACAAUGAUUAUCUAAUACUGAAUUUACAUAUUUUAGGGUUUAAGCCACCCACGUCAGUGACUGGCGCAACCGGAGCUGAACUGGGAAGAGUUACCUUUGUGUUUGAAAACAUUUGUGUGUCUGACUGUGUGCUGUACUUUAUGGUGGAUAUUAACAGGAAGUCAACAAGUUUAGUGGAAUCAUUUGUGGGACGCAAAGAAUAUCAGUCAUAUACUCAUAUAAUAAACAAAAAUGCCACCUACAUGUUCACUUGGGCUUUUCAGAGGACAAAUCUAGCCCAAGAUAGCCGACGAUUUGUAAAUGAUGUUGCGAAGAUCUAUUCAAUUACAGUUACUAAUGCUGUUGAAGGAGUUUCAUCAUCAUGUCGUGCCUGUGCUCUGGGCCCACAGCAAUUGGGAUCAUCGUGUGUGCCUUGUCCUGCUGGUCACUAUAUUGAUAAAGAGAGCAACAUGUGUAAAGAGUGUCCUCCUGACACUUACUUAACUCCACACCAGGUCUAUGGCAAAGAAGCCUGUGUGCCCUGUGGCCCAGGGAGUAAAAGCAACAAGGAACAUUCUGCGUGCUACAGCGAUUGCCUGGUGACCUAUACUAAUGAAAACCAAAGUUUGAGUUACAACUUCAACAGUCUUGGCAAAGUGGCUACCCUCAUAAAUGGACCAAGUUUUACUUCCAAGGGGACAAAAUACUACCAUCUUUUUAACAUGAGUUUGUGUGGGCAUGGAGGAGAAAAAAUGGCUGUCUGCUCAGACAAUAUCACAGAUGUAACAGGAAAAGACAUUGAAGCAGAUUCAGAAGACUACUCUAAUGCUGUAAAGACUUUUAUCUGUCAGUCUACCAUUAUCCCAUCAGACAGCAAAGGUUUCAGAACAGCACUGUCAUCACAGUCAGUCAAUCUGGCAGACACAUUUUUAGGUGUUACAACCAAAACAUCUCUUCGUGGGAUUACCAUUAGUCCUGACGUAUUUCCAUCCCAUUUGAAGAUACCUGAUGUGAAUUUUUUCUAUAAAUCCUUAGCAACUACAUCAUCAUGUGAACAAGGCCGAGCAACAGUUAUAUCAAUGAGAUGCAACCCUUCAAAACUGGGCCAGGGUGACAUUUCUGUACCAAGAAAUUGCCCGGCUGCUACAUGUGAUGGGUGCAAUUUUUAUUUCCUUUGGGAGACUGCAGAAGCAUGCCCACUGUGUACGGAGAGUGACUAUCAGAAAAUAGAGGGAGCUUGCAAACAUGGGCAACAGGAAACACAUUAUGUGUGGAAUGAAAUGAAGCUCUGCACAAAAGGGGUCUCAUUGCCAGAGAAGAGAGUUUCUGCCUGUGAAUCAAUUGAUUUCUGGCUUAAAGUAGGGGCAGGCGUGGGAGCCUUCACAGCUGUCUUGCUCGUAGCACUGACCUGUUACUUCUGGAAGAAAAACCAAAAGUUGGAAUACAAAUAUUCAAAACUGAUAAUGACUGCAAAUUCCAAGGAGUGUGAGCUUCCUGCCCCAGACAGCUGUGCUAUCAUGGAAGGGGAAGAUAAUGAGGACGAUGUGAUUUAUUCUAAUAAACAGUCAUUACUUGAAAAGCUAAAGUCGCUUGCAACCAAGGAAAAAGAACACAAUUUUGAAUCUGUCCAGUUAAAAUCCUCCCGAACACAAAAUAUAUGAUCCUGAUGAUGCCUUCUUGGAUACUGGAAGACUUUUUUUAGAAAAAGGGAAAAAAGCUAUAAAAUAAACCUAUUUAUGGUACCUGGGCAGAUUAUUGAGGCAUCAGAAGUAAAAAAAAUAAUACAACAACAUGAAAGCUUGGUUGCCUUAUUACAUGAUUGAGUGUCUUGCCAAAAAUGUAAUGAAAAUUUGAAUUUCAAGUUCAACUCAGGAAGAGAAACCAAUGCAGAAUAUUUUCAUUAAUACAUUGCCUGUGCAUGCCCUGCUGUACCUGUAAUCCUCUUUUUCUUCAAGUACUGAAGCGGAGUGCCUGUAUGGUCGGGAUCACCUCUAAGUGGCACAGGGAACUUAAUAGCUGUGUACCCAUGAAGAUGAAAUUUUAGCUUCAGAUGAUAAAGGGAAACAACGGUACAUUUUUUGAGUCAAAGCCUGUAAAGGAAGUAGUAAGAAACCACAAACUGUAAUGCCCAAAGAUUUUCUAUUCCAUGGGAAGCAACUUGAGCAUCUUUAUAUCUUAUUUGUUCGGGUACUGUAGCUCGACCAUUAGUAAAAAAUACACAUUUUUUAAAAAUGAUGCCAUAAAAAUCCCGCAAAUUGCCUUAUACAUAUAAACUAUUAGUGGAGGGAACUUUUCAAGAAAUACUUUAGUUUACUAUGUGCUAGAUAUGUGAGACUAUGAUUUUAAAACUCGUUUCAUGUUUACUAAAUGAAAAGGGCACAUUUCAAGGUGAAAGAUAGAGUUUUCUGGCGCAUGUUUUGAUCCAAGAACAUUGUAUCCCAGCUAAUUGCAUUCCAUAGGGGCCACUGCCAGAGCAGGUCCUAAAAAUAGCAGUGAACAUUUCCUUACAUGGAUAAUAUUUCAUAUUGAGUUUUAGUACCAUAACUAGGUAAAAAGAUCCAAUACAUGGUGACCUGUUAAAAAAUAUUUGUGCAUUAUAAGUUAGGACUCUUCUGCUUUUGACAUGCUUGUAGUGGUUUCAUAGGAUUCUGGGAAUUGUAGUUCAGGUUAGGCACCAGUGGUGCAGUUAUUCAAGUGAAAUCCAUCCAUUUCAUGUGACACUAUAUCACUUGCACGACUGCUUGGCAUGUUAUACAAUCCCUGCAGUUAAGCAACACCCAGACUAUUCCUGUUGUAUCACAUUUUUCAAGUUAGUUACCUGCUAUUUAUGGUAAUAAUAAGUACAAAGUUAGUGUGAAGCAAAUGUUUUUUAAGGAACUGGAAUCCCUGGCCAAUUUGUUUUGUUGCUAUUAUCUAUUAAUAUUUCACAGAUAGUCCUUUCCUUUCUUUGUUUUGCUGGUUAACUUGUUAUUCUGUAGAGCUUUUUAUUUGUAAUUGGAAAUUGUCCGUAUAAAUGUUACUGUAAAUGCCUGAUGGGUUGUUUAAAGUGAAAAUGUUAAUUGCUUAUUUAUAACAGCAGCUGACAUUAGCUAUUUUAUUGUAUCACACAUUACUAAGGUCAUUCGUCUAGACUUAUGUCAAGUAGUGGGAUAGUUUAUCAUACGCACAUUAUAAUUCCUAUUGACUUGCAAAUUAGAAAAGGCCGCACUGACACCUUUUGUAGCAGGGGGGAUGGUAACCUUCUGUAGGAUGAGUUUCAGCAUUGUUAACAGGUUGAAAAUUAAAAAAAAAGGUAAUGAUACUGAUGUUUAAAAAUGUUAUUUUUAUACAAAAGGUCACUUUUAUAAUACCAAAGAUGUCUGGUAAUUGCCUACAAUGUCAUAGGGCCCUGGUUUGACAUUUCUUGAUUAAGAGCUUGUUUAUUUUUUAAUGAUUGUUUAUUGUUUUUUGAUUUGUGGCUCCUUGAUACAUCAGGGCUGAUGUUUGUAGAAGAAAAUUUUAUUUCUGAAUGUCAUUCAUGACGUACAGGCAUCUUUAUGACAAUGGACAUUAUUUUUGUGUAGUUUAUUUUACUCUAUAUCAAGAGUUGAGGUGGAAAAAUAUGUUGAACUGUAAACUAUUAUUUUAUAUAGGCCAUUGUCAACCGCAACAUAUCCUUAACAAUUUUAAAAAUGACACAACAUCAUUAAGCCAGAUACAAAACAUGACACCAAAUACAAACUUAGAUGUGUAUUGGAUAUCAGCAGUCAAUAUUCUGUGUAGGAAAAGUGCUCAGUGGUCACUUGAGAGGAUUUAUAAGUUGGUGGUACUGUUGACGGUUCUAAGAACGCUUGGAGACUGGAUAGGCGAUGUUAGUCAUUUCAUUAUAAUAGAUUGAACUGAGGUCACUUUGUUUAGUGAAAUGUUACAAAGAAGUUUGCUGCAGUACUUUAGAAUCAAUGUGAUAAGGACAUUCUCUAUAUACUAUAUAGAGUUCUAACAUGAGUAGGAAUCUAUUACUGAAGAUCUGCUGAAUUUAAAUGGUAUUGAUCUGAGAUUUUCUGAAAGCUUAUGACAGCUCUGUUUGGAUCAAGUGUCUGCUUACCUGCAUGUUAUAUUUGAUGCAUCAGUAAAGAUCAGGACAAUAACUUUAUUGUUAUAGUAACCUUAUGUGUACAGCUGAUCCCAGUACAAGCAAAGGACACCAACUUCCAGAUAAGGUUGAAUGAAAUGUUAUUAACUGAAAUACAAUAAAAGGGAAUAAAUGGACAAACAAUAUCAAUACUUCCAUUAUGUAUUUUGCCUUCCCCACUCUUAAUCAUAGGCAUGAAGCAGUAGGAAUGUACACACUUAAAAGGAAACCAAAAGGUGCACUCUAGUGCAUAAAGAAUUGAGUGAAAUUAUGCAUAAAUACCUUAAAAACAUGAUGAUUAUUAUUAUUGUCAUGUAUUUAUAAAGCGCCAGCCUAUUCUGCAAAGCUGUACAAUAAAUGGGUGUAUAUACAUUGCAGCCAGUAACAAUUUUAAGGAUACAAUUAUAUCUAUAAUUAUUAAUUAUCAUUUUAAAAUUAAUAUAAACUACACAACUUACUGGUACAAAAUUAUAAAUAGAUUAACCAGUUGAUUAGCAAUACAUAAGUCAAUCAAACGUGAUAUAAUUUACAAUGCUCCAUUUCUCCCCCACUAAUCAUUAGUAUGGAGCAGAGGCGUUUUUGGCUCCUGAGCCUCCCGAGGCACCUCCUUCGAUGUCGCCCCCCAUCGGUCCCCCCACACCCACAUUAUGGGAAAGUUGAGUUUAAUUUACCAUUAAAGGAACAGUAUACACUUCCUAUGGGCCUUAUAUAUAAUGAUCUAAUUUUUUUUAUCAAGCAGUAACAAUGGACAAAUUAGGUAUUUCACAUUCAAAAUGUAAUUUUUUGGCUUUUAAAAUCUGCUUAUUGUUAAUUGCCAUAUUGGGUAUUUAUUUUUACGUUUUCAGUUUAUAUAAUAUAAGAAAAGUCCAGUUGUUUUAGACUUAAUUCUACUAGAUAUUGUAUAAUAUCAUAAGGUAUUUCCCCAAUUACCAAAAUUAUCGUUCUUGCAUAAGCACUAAGUAAUUUAACAUGCAUUGUAAAAAAAAAUGUGCAGUGUUGUAUAGUACGUUUUUUUAGUACAGAAUAUUAGUCUUGUGUUUUAGAAAUAGACUCAAAAGUACUUUUUUUUUACAUUUUCCUUUUUUGUAUUAUUCAUUUCUUUUUCUUGCGCUGCAUUCAUAAUAGGAAUGAAAAAGUCAAUAAUGUCUUAUCAUUUUUUUUAUGGUUCUCUUUUUGUUUUUCUCAGGCAGGUUGAUGAUCCUUUUUAUAAAAUCAUUUUACACAGACUGUGACAAAAUUAUGCCUUGUAUUAUAUUUGUAAUAUAUGAAAACAUUAUUGCGAUUAAAAAAAUAAAAUACAGUGUACAAAAGAAAUCUAUAAUUAGCUGCGGAAUAAAAAAUGGAGGUGACAGUUCUUCUCUUCGAGCUUGUUAGAUAUAUAGGUACAGUAUAUACAGCAGCAAUUUACAUUAUCCAACACACAGAGUCAAAACAUUUAUGCUAAGACACCAAUUUGAUGAACUAUUAUGGAAGAUAAGAGUGCCCCAGGUAUGGGCAUUUGCCCUUAAGCGCAGGACUGGGCAAAAUAAUGUUUUAGUGCUCAAGAAGGUAAUAGCUGAGUUUAAUCUUAAAGAGAGUGAGAGAAUUAACUAAUUUCCAUGAAAUUCUGACAUUUACUAAAAAGUCUGAACUAAAAAACUGUUUCUAAUUGUCGCACAAAAAAAACAGCGUCAAAGGAUCCUCCAGGAUGCUAUUGAGUUCAGCAUGAUCUUGUUGGGUUCAGAUUUUUAGCCGUUUUGUCACAUAGUAAAUCAUGAAAAAUGUGUGACUUUUUUUCUGCAACUUUUAGCACUAAAAAAUCCAAAUUGGCAAAAUAAAAUCAGAGGAUUAAUAAAUGGCCCCUAGCAUACAAGGUUACUCUAAAAAGUAUUGUUAACACUAUUAUGUAUAUACUUACAUUUCACUGUAAUCGUGUUCUUUAAAUAAGCUAUUGUGACAAGAUUACAGGACUAUAUGGGUGCUGCUUUUUGGUUAGGGCACAGAGUGCAUUUGUGCUGGGCUCCUAGCAUUCUAGGUGCCACCUUCACUGGAUAAAGUAGAACAUUUAAUAUUGUUAGAUAUUUUUAGUAUAUGCAAAUAGAGGCUGUUGGGAGAUGCUAGAAGAGCUACAGCUUAGACAUACCUGAUUUAUGUAAUAAUAUCCACCUCCACAGGCUUAUGCCUGCCUGCAUUGCCAGGGGCCCCAUGUUGUCCAAUCCAACCCUGGCUAUAUUAACAUUGAAGUCUACAUAUCCUAGGGUAAGGUUAACAUUACAUUUAUUAAAGAUUUCUAGUGAAUGUUAUCUGGUUAAACAUGCAUCAAAUUUACUCUGGUUUCCCCAGUAUCAUGAGAACUAUCUCUUCACAUUAUAUGAUAUAUUUAUCUUAGUGAUUCCAUCUGUAUCACACAGAUGCAAUCAUUAUGUGGAAUUCUUUUGAAUGCUAUAGAGAUGUAGGUUGAAAGUCCAAUAAGGAAAUGGGAUAAAUUAUUUUGAUGGCUAUGGCAAUGUAUAGGCUUUACAAUUCACCCCCUCCCCUUCUUCUCUUAAACCUGUAACAAGUAUACCUUUUUUCAUAGACAAACUCAUAGAUUUACCAUGGCAACUGGAGUCCUUUUUUGUAUUGCUUUGUGCCACUCCUCAGAUAUUUGCAGUGAAGCCAAAAUAUUUCAGCAUAUACAUUUUGUUUGUUCUGACCUUUUGUUUGUAUUAGAGUUUGUUUACAAAUAACUCUUUUGUAAUAAUAUGUAUGUGUUAGCUGUUUAUGAAUUGUAUAUUAUCUUCUUUUCCUUUGGACCUGAAGAAGUUAUAUUGAAACUUAAAGCUCUAAAAAAGUAUUUGUCUAAUUUCUUAAGCAAAUAUAGAUAUAUUUAAAUCUGAAA